CCAUGUCUUUUGUACUCGUCUAUAGAGCAUUUUAUGGCCCCUCUAUAAGUUAUGACCAACUCUAUUAUAUCGCAAAUUAUUAAGAAGAACGUAAGUGCGAGACUAUAUCAAAUUUCAGAACAACACAGUAGGAAAGAAGUGUUUGUGUCUGAAUUCUAGUAUUUCGUAGGAUUGCUCCAUUACUGAAUCAUAUGGCGGAAAUUGGAUUGAAAAGAUGGUGGAUCAUAACUGUGACUGUGAUAAGCCUGAUGACAGCUUCGAUGCUUGCUUCAGCCGACAGAAGUCUACUGAAAGAAGAUUUGGCAGCAUCAGCAGCAGUGAAUGUCGAUGGUAAUUUGAGAUAUGGCUCUUUUGUGAAAUUCGCAAGUUCUUUGUUUCAAACAAGUGGAUCUGGUUAUGAGCAUGUUUGGCCUGAAAUGGAAUUAGGGUGGAAAAUUGUGCUUGGUAGUUUCAUCGGUUUUUGUGGAGCAAUAUUUGGGAGUGCAGCAGGAGUCGGAGGUGGUGGUAUAUUCGUUCCUAUGCUUACCCUGAUUAUUGGGUUUGAUCCUAAAUCUGCUACGGGCAUUUCAAAAUGUAUGAUCAUGGGUGCAUCCACCAUGACUGUUUUCUACAAUCUUAAGCUAAGGCAUCCAACACUCGAUAUGCCCAUCAUUGACUAUGACUUAGCACUUCUUAUCCAACCAAUGUUAAUGCUGGGGAUUAGUAUUGGAGUUUCCCUGAACGUUAUUUUCGCCGAUUGGAUGGUCACAGUCCUACUAAUUAUUAUUUUUACAGUCACAUCGACUAAGGCCUUUUGCAAAGGCGUUGCUACAUGGAAAAAGGAAACCAUUACGAAAAAGGAGGCUGCAAAGUGCUUGGAGUCUAUUGGCUAUAGUGUAGAGGCGGAUUACAUGCUUUUACCAAGUGAUCCCAACAAUGGUAGUGAAACCAAAGCUGAAGAAUCAUUAAAACAAGAGGUCGGUCUUAUGAAGAACGUGUGUUGGAAGGAAUUUGGUCUUCUUGUUUUUGUUUGGAUCGCAUUCCUUGGACUGCAAAUUUUUAAGACUUACACAUCCACUUGUUCGAUAUGGUAUUGGGUGUUGAACUUGUUACAGGUUCCUGUUUCUUUUGGGGUAUCAGGUUACGAGGCUGUUAGCUUAUAUAAGGGCUCUAGAAAGAUAUCAUCUAAGGGAGAUUCAAACACCAAACUUCGAGUUUGUCAAUUGAUCAUAUAUUGUUUUUGUGGAAUUUUAGCCGGUAUGGUUGGGGGCCUACUUGGUCUUGGUGGAGGAUUGAUUAUGGGUCCUCUCUUUUUGGAGCUCGGAAUACCUCCCCAGGUUUCAAGUGCCACUGCAACAUUUGCAAUGAUGUUCUCAUCAUCCAUGUCUUCUGUGGAAUAUUAUCUUCUCAAGCGCUUUCCUGUUCCUUAUGCUUUUUACUUCGUUGUUGUGGCAACAAUUGCUGCUUCCGCUGGGCAACAUUUUGUGAGAAGGUUGAUUAUUUUUUUGGGACGGACAUCUCUAAUCAUAUUUAUCCUCGCAUCCAUCAUUUUUAUUAGUGCAAUCUCGUUAGGUGGAGUUGGAAUUUCAAAUAUGAUAAAUGAUAUUCAUCGACACGAAUACAUGGGAUUUGAGAACAUGUGCAAGAUUGAGGUUUGAGAUUAUUGUUUUAUGAAAAAUUACAUGAAUACAUAGAAUUUGAGAGCAUGUGCAAGUUGAAGUUUGAGAUUUCUUUUGUUAUGCAAAAUUCAUAUUGAAUUAUGAUGGCAACCUAAUUAAUAUGCUCUAGAAAGGCAUUUGUUUAUUUUGUUGUAAAACCAUAUAUGUGUUUGACAUCACAC